AUGCCCACGUUAUCUAGUAUUCUGGCGGAAGAGACGGGUACAAUACCCUCAGAUUCGUAUAAGAUGUCGGUGAUGCUUUCACGCUCUCAGACUGGUCACUGUCCUAAUUUUAAUACCUCAGAACAGGUUCUCUGGUAUGAGUUCAAUCGUACUGGAAAGCGGCGGUCGUUCAUUUUCAUACACUGGCAGUUGAUCAGCUCCUUCCUGAGUCUUGCAUUAUAUGGCGUUCUGUGUCAUCAAGUCUACAUAUACUACAUCUCCUUUCCAAAGGACCAUCUGGUGUCGAAGAUCAUUGUAUAUGUUCUCUGGCUGAUAGAGACAGUUCUGAUUGUUACCAACGUCUGCAACAUUUUCGACAUAUUCUGCUAUAAUUUUGGGAACCUUUCCAAACUUGAUGACAUCCGUCUCACAUGGUUCAUUGUUCCCAUUCUCUCUGGAUUCGUUGGCUGUGUCUGUCAAUUAUUUUAUGCCUGGCGAAUGUAUAGAUUCAGUAAGAAGGCACGGUGGAUAAGUAUUACUCUUUCAAUGAUUGCUUUUAGUCAAUUUUUGGGUGCGAUGGCUUGUAGCAUUGAAGCAGGCAGAUAUUAUCACUACUCAGAUCUUCAGGCGGAUUUGAAUAACAAGGUCGCUGCAAUGAUAUGGUUGGGUGGGAGCGCUUUAUGUGAUGCUGCCAUUGCUUUAUGCAUGACCUACCUUUUAAGUCGAGCUCAUACCGGUCUCAAAUCUACUCGGAUACUUAUUUCCAGGCUAAUACGUCUGACCAUUGAAACCGGGACUGUAACGGCUACGCUUGCUGUCAUUGACAUCGCACUCUUCCUCGCCUAUCCCAAUAACAACUACGACACUGUCCUGGCGAACUGCUUGGUAAUGAUGUAUUCGAAUACCGUCCUUGCAGUUUGCAAUAGCCGUAUGACAAGGCAGAUUCGUGGAGGGAGGGAAGACACAACUCUUCCCUCAUAUGAGUCUUUCGAUUUGUUGAAUGGUGGAUUGAAUAUUGAGCUUCAAAAUACACAGACCAACACAGAUGUGGAAUCUUCUCUGCGAUUGGAGUGUCGCGAAGGAGGUGAACGCAACAAGAAGGCUAUCCGGGCUUCUACCUGCCGACGGUAA